AUGCAUCUCGCGUUCCAAACCCUUCUCGUGGUCUCUGCGUACUUUGUAUCGACUAUAGCGACGCCCAUCAUAUGGGAUGGGCGUGCAUCCUUGAAUUUGACUAAUGCGGACCUUGACACGUCUACUGGCCCUCCUCACGUGAAUCGGAGUAGCGUCGUAAAGGGAUCCGAGAACGCAUCGCAGUACUCUCAGCUGCUCGGCCAGUCCCUUCUCCCAACCCCGCUCUGGAACGGUGGGUCCAAUAGCUCGGAGCAACAAGAGCAGGUGGUCUCUGUUUCCAUCGACAACAGCUCCGUGUUCGUCCCGGGAGGAAGCAGUCCGCAGUAUGGCUUCCGGCGCACCGAUAUCAUCGCGGCCAACAAUGGCGAGCACACGGACCUCAUUACCCAGAUGGAGACAGGAAAGACUAUAUUCCAUGUCUCGAUCCAGCAGGACGAGCAGCGUCCUCUGAACUACUCGCACGAGUACCAGAUCGUCUUCAUUGAGCCCAAUGACGGCACUCAUGUCUUCGAGAUUCAACUUGGCUCUCCCUUCACCAAUCCUACGGGUGAUGUCCCCGUCUCGGAUGCUCACUCGUUCAAAGUCCGCGAUCAUGCGCUCAACGUCCUCUUCACUACACCUUUCACUGCGAGCGUGUGGCACAACUUCGCAGUAGAAGUGGACUGGAACGCGCUCACGAUCGCUGUGUGGUAUUCUCAAGACGGCGAGCUCUUGCAGCAAGUCGUCCAGACCACGUCGAAUCCGACCGCUUCCUCUGGCCCGAACGGACAAGGAGACUUUCACUUCACAGUCCUAAAGCUGCCUCUCGUGAAUCCGGCGGAUUCCCCGUCCAAUCAGAACGAUGUAGUCCACUACGGUAUCCAGGAGGGAGCGACUGAGGCUCUACUGUACUCAGGUGUAUUCGUGGAAAGUGCUGCUGAUAAUCUUAGCAGGGGUUUUGGCGUUGUACAGCAGCUUUGA